GGGGAAACAUCAUCGUGCACCACAAGAGGGUUCAUUGUAAUACGCAUCCCGUUUUACCGUUGAAUUGGUAGUAGACACACAGACAGAUACGCCAAGCACGCAUACAUUCAUUCCCCUUUGAUUCACCGGUGAUUGUGGGAAUCAAUCGGAUAAGACUACACUUUAAUCCAUGUGGUAAAUCUCCACUUCUUAAGCUACUUAAGCAAGCUAUCGAGAUCCCCCUCCUUUUAUUCUAUUCUUCCAUCACGAUAUAUUAUUCACUCAAUUGCAAUCAACUGCACGUAGAACACAAACAAGAGCAUCCAUAGAAAUUGCCUUGACACACAAUAGACCUGCCCAAACAGUAGCAUCUCGCUAUCAGCACCACCACAACACAACACAAUGGCCGUCACACACUUUGUAACAUUCAAGCUAAAGCCAGAAGUGGCAAGGUCAGAGGACAAGCUACACAAAGUGCACGUAGAUAUGCUUGACCUAAAGACUACAUGUUUGAAAGAAGGUGCACCAUACAUCCUAGAAUUAACAGGAGGAAAACAAUGUUCACCUGAAGGAUUAGAUAAAGGUUUUGAUAUUGGUUAUGUGGUCACGUUUGCAACAAUUUCAGAUCGUGAUUAUUAUUUGGACGAAUGUCCAACCCAUCAAGAAUUCAAGAAAUACAUCAAACCUCAAGUUGAAGAUGUUUUCGCAUUCGAUUAUGAAUUCUGAGUGGUUUUUAUCGCAUUUGAAAUCGAACAUUUCAACCUCUCACUUCAGCACUUUAACUACCUCAACUCAAGCAGAAUACCCGCAUAAUGCAAACAAAGCUGACAACCAAAUUACCAACACAUCCAGCAUAACGUUAGGAUGCGUAUGAGCGGAAAGAGGAUACCCCCAAAUUCCCUCUCUCUUGCUUGUCCAAAUCGAAUCGUCGUAAAGGAACUUCGUUGAUAUUGUAUAUAUAUGUAACAUAUUAUUGAAUGAAAUCCAGCGUAAA